CUGUCUCAUCCAGAACAAUGAAGUACGUUUUGUUAUUUCUUUUGCUGACCCUCUUGGGAACGUGCUCAGCCAGAAAUCAUGAAAAUGUGGCCUUGCGUGGCAAAGCAACUCAGUCGCAUCGCUAUCCGCAUAACUUUGGGGAUGCCUCCAGUGCAAUCGAUGGAAACCGUGAAUCAAACUUCGAUGCUGGUUCAUGCACUCACACUAUAGAAAUGGACAACCCCUGGUGGAGAGUGGACCUGCUGGACAGCUACAUCGUCACCUCCGUCGUCAUCACCAACAGAGGAGACUGCUGUGCACAGAGGCUCAAUGGGGCUAAGGUUCACAUAGGCAACAACUUAAAAGACAAUGGUGCUGCAAACCCACUGGCUGGAACAAUAUCUCACAUUCCUGCAGGCAUCUCUCACACACUGACUCCAAGCACUCGUAUCAGUGGACGUUAUGUGACAAUCGUUCUACCCGGUGCUAACAGGUAUCUUACGGUCUGUGAAGUGGAGGUUUACGGGUACCAUGCCCCGACAGGAGAGAACCUGGCGCUCAAAGGAAAAGCCUCACAGUCAUCAUUGUAUACAGAAGGCAACGCAUACUUUGCUAUUGAUGGGAAUAACGACAACAAUCGGGUCCACGGGUCCUGCUCUCACACAGACAUCAACUUCGCCCCCUGGUGGCGACUUGAUUUGCUUAAAACCCAUAAAGUGGAUUCUGUUAAGAUAACCAACCGCAAAGAUCUUAAUUACUAUCAACGACUGAAUGGAGCCGAGCUGCGCAUUGGAGACUCACUUGAAAACAAUGGCAACAACAACCCAAGAUGCGCCGUGCUGGAUAACAUCCCCGCCGGAGCGACUGUUGAAUUUCAAUGUAAUGGGAUGGAUGGCCGUUACGUGAACGUAUUCAUCCCUGGAAGGAAGGAGUACCUGACCCUGUGCGAGGUGGAGGUUUAUGGCUCCGUCCUGGAUUAGCAUAAAGAUUCACUUUAUCCAAAACGAGCUAAAUUUAACCAA